AUGAACAAGGCCCGGCCUCGAUAUAUAGUUGACCGGACAAUAUACUCCCUACAACUCUUCAAUGAGGAAUAUGAGAAGAAAUGUCGCAGUUACCCUGUUGGAGGAAAAGCCAGAAAGCUUUUAAGCUGUUCCCCAUCCAAACUCAAGGCUUUUAUAUUUGGACUUUUCCCCAUCCUCACAUGGCUUCCAAAAUACAAUUUGAAAGAGUACGCCCUUCCUGAUAUUCUCGGAGGUGUCAGUGCUGGCACUAUCCAAGUGCCCCAAGGUAUGGCAUUUGCUCUUCUAGCUAACCUACCUCCAGUGAAUGGUCUGUAUUCAUCGUUUUUCCCUCUCGUUCCAUAUUUCUUCUUAGGAGGGAUUCCACAAAUGGUUCCAGGGACGUUUGCUGUCAUCAGCAUCAUAGUCGGAAAUGUUUGUAAUCAGUUGGCUCCAGAAUCUGACUUUCAGUAUUUAAACUACACCACAAAUAAGACCAUCACAGACACAGAGGCAUUGAAUAAUGCACGGCUACAAGUCUCUGCUACACUGGCAUGCCUGACAGCCAUAAUACAGAUAGCAUUGGGCUUUGUACAGUUUGGCUUUGUAGCCAUCUACCUGUCGGAGUCCUUCAUUCGUGGCUUUAUGACAGCUGCUGGCCUGCAGAUUCUCAUCUCUGUGCUCAAGUACAUCUUUGGAAUAGCAGUCCCACCUUACAGUGGCCCCCUGGCCAUUGUAUAUACAUUCAUAGACAUAUGUAAGAACCUUCCAAAGACCAAUGUGGCAUCUCUUGUCUUUGCCUUGAUCAGCACCGUGCUGCUCAUCGUUGUCAAGGAACUGAACGCAAAAUACAUGCACAAGAUUCGCUUUCCCAUUCCAAUGGAGAUCAUUAUUGUUAUAAUUGCCACAGCUAUAUCAGGCAGUUUAAACUUGCCUGACAAGUAUGAGAUGAAUAUAGUGGGGCAGAUUCCACUUGGAUUCCCUGCACCUACGUUGCCCACUGUCAGUCAGUGGGGUGAUAUGAUUGGCACUGCAUUCUCUCUUGCAAUUGUUGGCUAUGUGAUAAACCUUGCCAUGGGCCGAACACUGGGAGCUAGACAUGGCUAUGAUGUUGACCCAAACCAGGAAAUGUUGGCUCUUGGAUGCAGUAAUUUCUUUGGCUCAUUCUUCUUUAUCCAUGUUAUUUGCUGUGCCUUGUCAGUCACGCUGGCUGUGGACGGAGCUGGAGGAAAAUCACAGAUAUCCAGUUUCUUUGUCAUGAUGGUAGUUAUGGUGACCAUGCUGGCACUUGGGACGUAUCUGAACCCUCUGCCAAAGUCCGUUUUAGGUGCCCUCAUAGCUGUGAACCUGAAGAACUCUCUGAAGCAGCUGGCUGAUCCUUUCUACCUUUGGAAAAAGAGCAAACUUGACUGUUGUGUCUGGCUUGUGAGUUUUUUCUCCACCUUUAUCCUGGGCUUGCCAUACGGAGUGGCUGUUGGAGUUGGAUUUUCUAUCCUGGUUGUGAUUUUUAAUACCCAGUUUCGGAAUGGUUCAGCAUUGGGUCAGGUGGCUUCUACCGAUAUAUACAAGAAUCCUAAAGUCUACAGCAAGGUUGAGCCAAUUGAUGGAAUUAAAAUAGUUACAUACUGCUCCCCAUUAUAUUUUGCCAACUCCGAAAUAUUUCGUCAGAAAGUUAUUAAAAAGACUGGUUUAGACCCUUGCAAGGCCUAUCUGGCUAAGAAAAAAUACUUGAAGAAGCAAGAGAAAGAGGAACAUAUGAGACAACGAGGAUCUAUCUUUAUGAAAAAUAAGACGUUGUCUCUUCAAGAACUCCAAGAGGACUUUGACGGAGCUGAACCCACAGAUUCUAACAACAAUAGCACUGUGAAUGGGACUAGUAGUGCAAUCAGUUACAUAGCAUCCAAUACUCUCACAGUGGGGCCACCUACAUUGCGGAACAUUCCAAACGGAGCAUCGACACCAGGGCAAAUAGAAGAUCCAAUCAUUACUGCCCCUCCCAUUGUUAAUUUCCACACAGUUAUCAUUGACAUGAGUGGGGUCUGCUUUGUAGAUCUUAUGGGAAUUAAAGCUCUUGGAAAGCUAUGUACUAGUUUUCAAAGGAUUGGUGUGAAUUUCUUCUUAGCAGAUGUACAAGCUCAAGUCUAUGAUGAUAUUGAGCUUGGGGGAGUGUUUGUUGAGGGUGGUCUAGACCGGGAUCACCUCUUCCUCACUGUGCAUGACGCUGUGCUGUAUGCAUUGGCCAAAAAUACUGGAACAAGGCAAACAACUCCUACAGGGAAGGGAUCUGGUGACACAGAGAUCCACAUACAGGACACACAAGAUGAGAUCAGUGAUGAUUAUCCUAACCUGGAGGAGGCAAUGUUUGGCAGUAUGUUUCAAGCUGAAGUUCAGACUGCUUUGUGACAACCCUAAUCCCGCCACAUAAGCAAUAUCCCCCGUACAAGCAGAUGCCUCUUUUAUUGCUCGGCCGAAUGGCAGGACAUGUAACUUCAUGAUUCACCUAGACCUGACCACU